GUUAAUGUUUUCUCACUGUCAAUCGCAGUUAUUUUGUCUACAGAAUCAGUUGUGUGGCGUAAAACUACAAGAAAAUGAAGGGUUAUAUAUUUGUUUUUACCAUUAUAGCAGCGGCUUUUGUAAAUGAUGUAUUGAGUGCUGGAAGUCCACUUAUAUCACAAUGCAAAGGUCUUUCCAUUGAUAAUUUACAAGAGAGGAUUCAUGUCUCUGCAUGUGACAGGGCAAAAAGUCGCUGCAAACUGCGUAAAGGCACGGACAUCCACGUAACAUUCAAGUUCAAACCCACCAAAACAGUGAAAACCCUUAAGAAUGAUGUGUAUGCUGAUAUCGGGAGCAUUCCAUUGCCGUUCAUUGGCGUGACAGAUGGGGACGCGUGUCCGUCCGUGACUAGAGCAGAUGAUGGCUCACCAGCCCGGUGCCCCCUUGAAGCGAACGUAGAAUACGUUUAUACAAACAUAAUCCCAGUGGAAGCGUUUUACCCUGAAGUGAGCCUUAGGGUGCACUGGGCACUUAAAGACGGAAACCGUGACAUCAUAUGUUUCGAAGUUCCCGCCGCCAUCGUGCCCGCCUCGAAAAAAGGGUAAACGCUAUCCCCUACUAUUUUUAUACAGGCUAAAGCGCGAGAAAGUGCAAUAGUAUGGUUUUUAUACUUAAUUUUAUAUUCAAUUUAAAAUAAAAUAAUUAAAGCUUUA